UCGCUUUUCGGUUUUGCACUUUGCAGACGGUCCCUGCGGACUUGUCACUCAUCGGCUGCGCUUAGAGAUCAAUGUAAUUUGUCCAGCUCCGACGGAGGCUUGUUUUGAUGUAAACGAGGUUGUAGCUCGUUGUCUAUAUUACUGCGGUUUGAAGUAGGUGUUGUUUGUGUUUUAAGAAUGUUUCGCGUAUGAGUUAUUGAUCCGGGAAGUACGAAUCUGUGAAUACAUGUCCAACUUUACCGAACUAUUUACUAGGGGAUAGUAUACUUUUGGAUAUAACGUUAAACACCUAAAAGGGAAAUCCAUCUUUUCUCUUACAGUAAUUUACAUUUGAGCCUUGAGCGAUACUUACGACCAGGAAUCAUGAGUCAUGAGAGGGAACUCAUUCUUUCACUUCCGAUUUGAGCCUACUGUAGGGCUAUAUAAGAUGCUGCGCGUCUGAUCGCAAACAUAUUCCAACGAUUCAUUAUGCUGUGUCUUUUAAUCAUUUCAAGCUUCAUAAUUGGAGCUUAUCCUUCAGAUAUUUUAGCACAAGGAGACACAACUGUCUUGUUCGGUCAGGAUGCCUCACUCUCUUGUACACUGCCAAACGCAUCUGGAGUUAAACAAGUGACCUGGCAGCGGGUGCGCGCUGAUGAACGCGCACAAACACUGGCCACAUUCAGUGAACGCUUCCAAAAGCAUGUGGAUGAACAAUUUGUUGGAAAAGUCAUCUUCACCGUGGCGUCAUUUAAUUCAACGUCCAUUGUGAUAAAAAACGUAACAUUUGAAGACGAGGCUUGCUUCAUUUGUUCCUUCAAACUGUAUCCAGUAGGACCCAAACGGGAAACGAUGUGCCUCACUGUUAAAGGAAUAUCAGAAAUAACAGCAACAGUUAAUCCUGCACCCUACUCUGAACCAGAUAUUACAGUCUCAUGUUCAGCCACUGGUAAACCUACUCCAAUCCUCAAGUGGAAAUCCACAGGGAAAGAGCUGAACCUCAAACUAUAUAGGUCACAUCAUUUCACAGCACUCAACAAUGACAGCUCAUCCACCACUACGAGUAACCUCACACUUCCAAUGUCAAAGUUCCAAGGGAAAUAUCUAGAAUGUGUGGCUGAAAGUGAAAGCGUGGAGGACAGCAUCCCAAUCCAUGUGCCAGGAGAUGAUAAAGCGAACAAUGUUACAUCAAGAAACUAUAUCAUUACGAUUUCGGUCAUUAUCCUGGUUAUUUUCAGUAUUGUCAUCAUUACAGUCAUCUGCCUUCACGCCAGGCUAAAUGGAGCCAUUUCUAGGAUGAAAUCUACAUGUGCAGCAUCAAAUCCUUCUCUAAAGCAGUUGGAAUGUUAACUUAUCAGCUACCUUAGAGUCAUAUUUGGCUUGUAACCCUUGAAUUGUGAAUGAGUAAUUUUGCUUUCUAUCUGGUGUGUUCUUUAAGGCAAUCAUGGUAUAUAUGUUUUAAUAUUUUCUGAUUUUUAAAAAAUUGUUUAGUAAAUUAUUUAUUUAUUUGAAUUCAUGUUUACAUUACAGUGUACAGUAUUCUACGGAAGCGUAUUGCAUUCACUUGAGAAAAAAAAAUCUACUCCGUUUUUCUGAAUUAACGAGUUAAUUAUCUCAGAAUUACGAGAUUAUUUUUCAUGGAAAAAGUUUUUGCUCUGUUUUUCUGAAUUAACGACUUAAAUAUCUCAGAAUUAUGAGAUAAUUUUUCAUUAAAAAAAAUAUUUUGUUCUGUUUUUCUGAAUUAAUGAGAUCCCUCAAAAUCCUGCCAGGAGCUCUAUUUUUGCUGGAUUGCAUGGAAGUAAACAUGUCCCGCCUUUCAAGUUUAAUCCGGUUUUAUUUUACUUUGGGUCUGAGACAUUGGGAGAUACUACGGAGCCCCCGAAGUGACCUGUGCAAAAAAAAAAAAAAAAUCUAAGAGACUUUCGCGUGCGCACGAGAAACUAUCGCGUGCGCACGUGAAACUAUCGCUUGCGCACGCGUUACAGUUUCCGGUGUGUGUAUAGCUCUUUUCCGAUUGCGUCAAUGCCAUCAUUCAUUUACUCAAAGAUACUGAGAGCAUGGAUGCGCAUGAAUUUAUAGAGAUAUAUUUUAAACUUGGCCUUCAAUACAAAGACAUUACUGUCUAUGACAUUUGUAAUACUGUCAUGGCUGAGACACGCUUUGAUCUUCCAAAGGACACUAAUCAAGCAAUAGACUUGUAGGCCUACUUGCAUUUAACACUAGAACUACCGGAAUUCUAUAACUACUAGAAUGGCCAUAGUGGUCAUUCUGACCGUUCAUACUAGACUGUACCAAAAUGUCAUGUCAUAUUUACAUUCGAAACUUCUAUUGAGGUUUUAGAAUGAAGCUUCUAAUGUCUGUCGUCAUAUUUUAUGGCGUCAUCACCCUAAAAAUGUAUUGAAUAAAAUAGAAUAAUAUGGAUUAAAUGGAGCGCCAAGCGAACGCAGAUAGUCCUACAUAAUACAAUAUUUUUUUGUAAUAUAUAAUAGUGCUAGACUAUACACAUACAUAUGCCUAUAUAUAUUAUAUAUUAGCUGCUAGACUGCCCCGGAAGGUGCAUGCCUCGCUUUGUGUACAGCAAGUUUUUUCACCACAGUGAAAAGGGUUUUGAAAGUCUCAACGCCAACAAACGAUUGAGGCGGAAUAUUUCGUUAGAUAAAAACAUGUUGUGAAUUUUGGAAAUUAUUACAUCUAUCCUUUUUCAAAACAUGUUGACUUUUGGACUUUACAACGCUCUGGAGUUAUUGGAAAUUGGAAACAAUCCUAUGCAGCCACCACUGGAAUCAAAAUCCAUGAAUAAAUGAAUCUGUUAUAUUAAUAAUAAACACCAGGACACGUAAUUCUGAGAUAAUUAAGUCGUUAAUUCAGAAAAACAGAGCAAAAACUUUUUUUCCAUGAAAAAUUAUCUCGUAAUUCUGAGAUAAUUAACUCGUUAAUUCAGAAAAACAAAGUAGAUUUUUUUCUCUCAAGUGAAUGCAAUACGCUUCCGUAAUGUAGCAUUUCUGUUCUCAAAAAAUAAAUUGUCUUUAAUACGUUUUUAUAACAUAUUAUUUAUAUCAUACCUUGAAAUUCUCAGGGCUCCUGCAUUUGCACUUUAAAACUAUUUUUUCAUAAAACUAUAUUUUUUGUUCAGAGUUUUUCUGAUUGUUUGAGUUGAAUUUGAAAGAGUAAUGCACUGUAUGAAGCACUAUAAAGCAGGUUAUUUUGUUUUAUGUUCAUGUAUAAUAAUAGUAAUUAAUUAAUAAUGUUUGUAAUAAUAAAAAAAUUAAGCAAUAUAUCACAAGCAAGGGUGCUUUUGUACAGAAUGAAAAUGAAAAUGCUAUUUAUCUUUUUGACUGUCUGUCUUGAUGUCUUCCCACAAACCUUGAUGUUACCGCAUAGUGGUAUCGUGUUUGAUCAAUGACGGUGAUCCAAAAUGAACAUUAUGACCCAACACCAAGAGAGGAGCCAAUCCCCAUUUUCAGGAAAAUUAAGUUGCAGUAUGUGGCUUAUAGACAGGAAAAGUGAAAGUUAUGUGGUUUAUAGAAAGGAAAAGGAAAUGUUAUGUGGUCACCUGACAAAAGUCUGUAGGAUGCUAUUAUUACUAAUAGCCGUUUCCUGCUGCAGGUUUCCUGGAAAUAUCAAGCUGGUCCAAAGACAUUUUAGUCAUGAUGAAUGAGGACAACUGUGCAUGUGGCUCCAAUGGCUAAAUGGUGGAUAACAAUGUUUUGUUAUACACAUAUACAGUAUGUUAUACACUGGAUAUCUAGUCUUUAACGUGUAUCUACGUGCACUGGGUGUAUUA